GCUGCUCAGCCGAAGGAGGACGCCAUGAUGUUUUAGUCCUUUGCACAUUUUCUCUUUGAUUUUGCUGCAGUUCGUGUGGUAAACACAACAAGAUCAAGAUGGGGAGGCGGUCGAUAUCAACCACAAAGAGUGGAAAGUUUAUGAAUCCAACUGAUCAAGCAAGUAAGACUUUAUCUCAUUCGUUCAUAAUGAUUUUACUUCCUUCCUCAAUUUUGUGUCUUUUUAUUUAAACGUUCAUUUACAUCUGUAGCUAUGCUAAGCUUUACUCAUUUCACCUUAAUUGUGUUUUUUACAUUGACAGGAAAGGAAGCAAGAAAGCGAGAAUUGAAGAAGGUUUGUAUCGAUUCGUUCGUUUUUGUACAGAGGCAAGAAUGGUUAGGUAUUGAUGUAAUAACUAGCUGCACUAAGAUCAAACUAUUGAGCUUAUAUCACAGCUGCAUAGCACUCUUUUUAGGGGUUUACCUCGGUGUAAAAAUCUGUGAAUUUUUUUUUGUUUUCUAGCUACUUUUUUCCUUGGCUCUGUCGUACUGACUUCUCUUUGUAUUCAUUGUUUUACGUCACUCAUGAGUUUCACAGGUUUUUACAUUGAGAAUGAGCCCUAUUUAGUCUUAGAUGUAUCUCGCUUGUUGUCCUCAUCCCCUAAGAUCUGUAUUGUCUGAUAAUUUUUCUCUAUUUUUACCCACAGAAUAAGAAGCAGAGAAAGAUGGUGCGAGAAGCUGUCUUAAAAUCCAAAGACCCUAGAAAAAUUUUGGAAGAAAUCGAGAAAAUAGAAAAUAUGGGUAAGUAAUUUUUAUACCACUGAAAUGACUACAUUUCACUGAGGACAAGUGGAAAUCUUCAGGUGUAAGUUAUGAAAGUGGUGGAGUCUUAAGGGGUAGAAUUAAAAGUUUUGAUCCAUGUAAGGUUGCUGGUGGAAUCUAGAAUCCUACAUUUUGGACUCUGAAAUUCAGCUCAAGGAAUCCGAAAUCCCCCUUAUGAUUGAAAUCUGAAUUCUGAGUUCCACUGAAGAAGAAUCUGGAGUCCAGUACCUCAAAUCUGGAAUCCACAGUUUGGAAUCCAAAAUCCAAGACUGUGUUUGGUUAGCUUCACGGGGCAAAAAGUUGAAGUAAUCUUUAGCAGUAAAACCUUAAUGCUGAAGGGAAUUUAUGGGAAAAUAUAAAUUUCUCUAGUAAAGACCUUGAACUACAGCUAGUUCAGCAGUGCAGUGCAGUAUUAAAUGCAUCAGCCCAUAUCCUCCUGUUAAAAUACCACUCAAAUGUAAGUUGACAGUUACUCACAUCUUGAUCCUUGAGAUUCAGUUCUUGAUAAUUUCUCAAAAUUUUUGGGAAUUGAAUAUUGAGUGAAGGUACUGCAUCAUAUCUGACUAAAAUUAUAUGUGCAUUUAAAGCAUAUUUUCAGCAUUUAAUUCUUUGUCAUACUAUAAAACUUGCAUUGCUCAUUCAUGAAGCCCUCUUUUUCCCAGGUUGUAGAAACCUGAAUCCUGAAUACUCCUCAUCACAAUAUGCACGUGUACCACCCCGAUAUAUUUUAGAAUUUGCAAUGAUUUUCUUCUGUUAGAAAAUGAUGCUGGACCAGUCCCUCUUCCAAAUGACAAAGCACUGAAAGACAAAAAGAGAAAGCUAAAAGAAACACUUGAUAGGAUGGUUGGUCUUCUUGUAAGUAAAGUUGUAGGAUUUAUCUUUUUUAUUGUUGAAGUUUAUCACCAAAACUCUUCUUCAUAUCUUAAGUUUGUGAAAUAAUAAUUUGUAGACCUUUUUCAAAGAAGUAAAUUAUCUAAAAUAUUUUUCAACACUUAGUUGUAGUUAUAUAAAAAAUAUAUGGUAUGGCCUGGUACAUUUAAUACAGCAAAUAAAUGUACAACUUGGAUGCUAGUAGAUUUAGUAAUGUUUCAUUGGAAAUUUUCUUUGCACUUUUUAAGUGUAAGUUACUGAUUUUAUGUAGGGAAAUAUCACAGAUUCAUACAAAGUUUGUCAAUGCAAAAGCUCAAUUCAGUUGUAGCAGCAUACCAGGUUUUCCACUCAUACAUGUACAGCGUACAGUGUAGUUCUUGGCCCCUUGUGAAUUUUUUCCCCUUUUGUUUCCUCUUAUAAUUUGUGACAUUUCACUCUUCCAUAGGAGAAAGAUGAUCCUUCUCAGUCUGGACUUUUGAGACAGUGAGUUCAAUCAGACUUGUUUUCAUUUUUGCUUUUAUAAGGGCGUGAAAAAUACACUUGAAGUCAAAUUUGAACACAGUAGAAAAAAACUAGGUCAAGCUUUACACAUUCUGUGUGUUUUAGGUCUUGUGGAUUUAUGAAUGACACAAUGUAGUAGUUACAGACUGUAUUUUGUCAUUGCAUGUCAAGCAAUCUUCUUUGUACCCCAACCCUGUAGGUUGAUUGCUGAAAGUGAGAGAAAGCGUUUGCUAGCCCAGAUGUCCGCCAAUGGUAAUACUAAUAAUUUAUUGUUUGAAUUUGUAAGAGGGUAGUUAUUGAGUAGUUAUUAGCUAUGUGUAAUCAUUAUGGUAAUAGGCUGAGUGGAGUCCAUUUCCCUUUGUUAUCAUACAAGUGAUUAACAAAAUCCCAGAAGUCUGGGAGAGUUAGUUUGAGUAUAAGAAUAAUUAUAUUUUCAGGUUUUUAAAAUAAGCACAAGGUAUUUGGAAAGUUUUUUGCUACAAGCAUGACUUGUUGGAAAAACCUAUUGAAGUGGACACAUCAGUAAUUGUAUGUAAUGUCCAAUUAUUAUUACUGAGACAUGACUCAUACUGUCCUUUUACCUGUCCUACAUUGUAUUAAUUCUGAACUCAGGGAAGCUGAUAGCCAAUUGGAUUUGAUAAUUUUGUCAUAUAUUAUUAUAAUUUUUUUUGUAAUCAGUCAUUGAAUUUUAUCUUUAAAUUUUUAUGAACAAACGAACAGUAGCAAUAAAAGGAAGUUGCAUAGUCAAGCUGUUUAUACAACUUAACUCUCCACAUUGUAAUAAAGUUUUAAACCUUCUUGCUUUAGGGGUUAAGGUCUUCUAUAUUAAGCUGUGUUGAUGAAGUAAAUGCACCUUCUGCUAUGGUUUUGACUGAUAAUGUAAGCUGAUAUAUAUUUUAACGAAGUAUGUUUAUAACUACGUUUUAAUUGCUGGGUCCUUUCCUUACAGAGUCAAGACAAAAAGCUUUAGCAGAGGUGUGUAAAUUAGAUACUUUAGUGUAACAAAACAUAUUUUGUAUGUUUUUUUGGAAAACGUGUUUAGCUGGUGUGUGUUUUCUUUGUACCACCCUAAAAAUCAAUAGAUACUCCUGUAUUUCACUUCUAUUUGUACCAUUUCAUUUUUCAGUGUCGUCGAUUCUAAAAUUAUUUUACAAGAAAAAUAACUGUAUCUUUAAAUUGCUUUUCCAUCGUUUCAGGAAGCUAGGAUUCCAGCAGAUAUUCCUUUACCACCCAACAUCCCUCUACCACAUGCAGGUGCGGUGCUUUUGUUCUAUCCAAUAAGUAUAUUAUUUUAACAACUUUAUACCAUUUUUUUCUCUUCUUCCUUCUGCUACUUUUAUCAUUCUUGGUUGUUUCACCAUUUCAUGAUAAUUACCCUGUAGAAAUUAACAAUCAAAUCAACCUUUCAUUCGUAACAGUAGGCACAUGGAAAAUUCUUAAAUCAAAAUCAAAAUUUCCUCGUGUGAAAUUAUGAGAAAUAACCCUUUAGGUCCCAAGAGUGACCAACAUCAAUUUUCUCCUAACAACAUCAGCAGAUCAUAAGAAGUAAAAGGUUAUGAGAAUUACUGAAUUGAUUACCAAAGGGAGAAUGCUUUGAUCUUAAACCAAAUUCUCUCAACUAUUCUUUAAAAAAAUGUAUGGAGAUCAGUCUGGAGAUCAUUUGAAUGGUAACUUUGAAAAUUUUUGUACGCACAUUCCAGAAUUGGCUCCCCAGGAAAGGAACCCAACAGAGAAUUUAAACCCAAGUCAGUGAUAAAGGGGUCCUCAAACAACUUGGCCCUAAAGACUGUUUUCUCAAGAAUCAAUUUUAAAUAAUUUUUUUCAGGAAUGUUGAUGCCAAGUGAUAUUCCUCUCCCUGGACCAUUGCCUGGACAACUGUGAGUUUCUGUUUAUUAUUCUUGUUUUAAAUGCCAUUGUUAGUAGUACAACUGCAGGGCACAGAAUAACAGCCGGUCGAGGGACAAUGUCAGACCAGAAUGGCGACUUGUGCGGCCAAAAACUUUACUAACCAGUCAUGUUGACCGGUCAUUCAUUCUUGAACCAACUGCUAAAUCCUCACCUGUUAAUCUUAUAUUUAUGUGCCUUGGACUAUGCUGCUGCAAUGCAAGGUUACUCAUCUAUAGUGUAACAACCUGUACCUGGAUGUCUCAAAAUGUUCAUUUUUACCAGCUUUUUCAUGUGAAGUUGGCAUCCAGUCUUAAUAAUGGUGUAGAUAAUGUGUACUUACCUUAACUUUAUGUUACUUUAAAAAAUGUGGCAAAAACAUUUCACCUGUAAUAUUAUCGUACCUGUAAAAAAGCAGUUAACAUUAUUAUUAUUUAUGCAUACAAGCUCUUUUAUUACAUGUUACUAGUUGGUUUUGCACUGGAUGGGUUGUUGAUAAUACAUGCCAAAAAUUGCUGCUUUACUGAUUUUUUUGCGCUGUGCUAUUCUCUUAGCACACAACAAGAAUCAUGUAGUGCACUACACAAUUCUCAUUGCGCAGGAAACAAGACAUGACUGGUAACUUACUUUUCAGCAGCACUAUACUUUUAUUCAUCAUCAGGCCCCUUCCUCCUGGAUUAAUACCCCCCGGUCCACCACCAGGGCCCCCACCAACCCUCCCCCAAGGAGUUGUGCCACCUGGUCCCCCACCAGGACCGCCGCCAGGUGCUCCACCUGUCAGCAUUCCCCCACCCCCACCUCCUGGAACAGCACCUGAUGACUUAGAGGGUAGACCAUAUGAUGAUGGUGAUAGUGAGGGUAGUACUAGUGAAUCAGGGGGUGAAGAAGAAGAGUAUGACCCUGCAGUUCCGCUGGAGAGGCUGGAAGGGGAAAAUGAUGGGCAACCAAUUGGUGAACAAGAUGACAACACAGAUGAGGAGAUGGACAGUGAAGGAGGUAAAUUCUCCCACUCCCAAUAAAAUGUAUUCUUAUUAGAAACCUUUAGCCUUUACUCAUCUUGCCUCAUUUUUAUGUUGAAUGUUGUGGAACAAAAAACAUUAAAUGAUACAGUUGGGCAUCAGACAACAUUCACCUGAAAUUUGUCCAUUGUCUGACAAAAUCCUGCCAGUGGUUGAGUAUGAAGACUUGACUAAUCAAGUACAAAAAUAUAUAUUAUUUUGAAGCUGAUAAUUUGCAUGGUACUGAUAGAAUGCAAGUCAACUUAUCAUGUUCCCUGACAACUUUUAUAGUCUGUCUGACUGAAAACAUUGACCUGGUCAGGCAUACGGUAUGUCCUGUCUAAAAACAAAAAUUAUCUUAUUUACAGCCCUGAGCUUAGUGAGAUGAUAUCAACUAAUUUCUCUGUUUUGCUGCAGAGUCGAGAGAACGUCAAAGAACAGUGAGGUUUGCUGAUGAAGUUGAGCAAAGUGGGAUUCAACCCUCAAACAGUGCCAAUACAUCAUCCAUUCAAGAUUUUCUUCUCAAAAUGGCUGGUCAGCCUCUUCCAGAAAAUAAGGUUCAAAUAAUAAUUAUUAUUGUGUUGAAAAGAAGACAUCCUAAAUAACAUACUUGUUAACCUGUGCUUAGUGGUCACCCUUGGAGAAUGACACACUGACAGGGUAAUAGAGGUUGUUGAUGUGAUGUCAGGAAGAAUCCACCUAGUGCAGAUUGACUGUAGUCAUGAAAAGGUUUUUGAGAGUAACAUUCAACUGUACAAGUUCAAUUCAUGGUGGUCGGGUUACUUCUCUGCCGUCAUUCAAAGUCAAAAUCUUGCUAUAAAAAGUAAGUUAGAUUAUUGCAGAUAUGGAAACACGCUUUUAAAUUAAUUUGGCUAAUAUUACUGAGCUUUAUGCAAGUACACUGCCCAUUCUCAAGAGAUAGAUCACUUUACGAUGCUUUGCCGAAUUUCGGUUUUUGUGGCAUAUUGAUUAAAUCCCCUCCAUUGGAAAAAAAAAAUAAACCCACCAUUUCAAACUUGCAGGUAACCUAAUUUUAGUUGUGUAAUGUAUGUCACCUUUUUCAUUAACCAAAGUAUUUUCUCUCUGUUUCGUCAAUGCAGAAAACAUCAGAGGAGCAAGGAGACCAAACCAAGAGAAGCACAACACAGGUAGCCCAACCACCAGGACCACCCCCGGGGCCACCCCCUGGUCAGCUACCCCUGGGAAGUCAACAACCUGGAUCCUUACCAAUCCAACCCAACUUUGCGAUCAGACCGCCCCCGCGGAUGUUUCCCCCCGGUCCCCCACCUGGUAGGCCUCCAGGUCCUCCCCCAGGGAUGCCUGGCAUGGUUCCCCCAGGACCACCCCCUGGGUUACCACCUAACAUGAUGGCGCAUGCUCUGGCAAGAGGACCAAGACCCCUUAUGCAGCCGCCCAUGUCGCUCCCGCUAAGGCCUGGAAUGCCCCCACCCCCUCGACCACCCCCUGGAAUGGUUCCUCCCCCACCCCAUGGUGCAGUUUUAUCAGCGCCUCCGACCUUUAUCAGCAAACCACCCAUGGCUAAUCCAACGUCUGACGGUGGAAAAGGUACGUACGACGCUGUGUCAUUGUUGUUGUUGUUUCAAACAAUUUGUUACCUACAUUGUAAUCACCAUUAUUAGGGUGCUUAAGCAACUUCAACAGCGGAGAAGACGCUAGACUUGCUGCAAGUCGACCUGUUGGCGAUCGGAGCGAGCCUUCUUUGGCCGCAAAGCGGCCGACCGCGAGCGACGAAGUCGCGAGAGGUCUUGUCCCGCGCUAUAUGAAAUCCUACGAAGGACUUUUUUGAAAGUCUAAGAAGUACGCAUUCGCUCUCUUUCAAACUUCUUCAAUCAUAUUCCAUCUCGUUCAAUUUUUCAAAUGUUAGCAAAUGUUUCUGCGGUUGAAUUCUAAAGAACUCUGUCUAAGUUUAGAAAAAGAAAAAGAAAAUCGUUGUCUUAUGUUCAUGUAGGCGUACUCCUUCAAACGUGAUAUAGACAUUUCACGUCGUGGUCGUGCAACGACGCAGACAAAAACGUGAUGCAGGUGCAAACUUGUUGUUUUGCUAAUCUGUUGCCGUUCUCGUUGCCAUCGCUGCCGUUCUUGCUCAACCCUUUAAGCCCUAAAAGUGAUCAGGAUCAAAUUUCUCCUGCUAAUAUCAAUGCUUUGUAAAACAGAGUGGUCAUGAGAAUUACGGACAUAAUCACACAAGAUGAAUUUACUUGAUGUUUUAUCAACUUCUCCCCACUACUUCUAUUGGAAAUGAAUAGGGUCAACAAAUGAGAAUUCAAAUCUUGAUCGUAGGGUUUAAAGGGUUAAGGUCCCUCAGUGUUAUUAAAUGAAUACUUUGUUAAGGCUGGUGGCUUGGUGUUCGUAACUCUCCUGAUGCACCCAUAACAACAUAACACAGGUAAACUCUAGUGAAUUCUCUUCCAACCAGUAUCAAUGGACUCCUGUUAGAAAGGACCGACGUAUAAAGAUAACUGUACGAAAACGAAAAGCGCCCCGAUCUUAGGCCCAUUUUCAGCUCGAUGUUUGCGUUAAGAAAGAAGGAUCGUCCCGAGAGAGUAACAGAAGAGGUUAAUUGAUUCUUUUUAAUUCGUAUUUCUUUCUUUCUUACUUGAAGGAGCAACGAUUGUCAAAGAGGCAACGGCGACAAUUAGCGCCAAACCGCAGUUACGAAAUACACAAGCGGAGUUAACCAAACUUAUACCUACGGCAUUACGAGUCAAACGGGACCAACCCAAGAACAAAGCCAAGCUUCGGCCUCCAACUUCUGGAUCAGAACCUCUCGAAACUUUACCACAACAAGUUUCACAGCCAAAGGUCGCCGAAACCGGGACCAAAGACGAUGCUUACGCGCUUUUUAUGAAAGAAAUGCAAGGACUGUUGUAAAUAUUUUCUCUUUCUUUUUCGGAUUUUUUUUUUGUUUACUUUUAUCCUUCCGCAUGUUAAAUGAGAGUCAAGUUGUGGAUUUAGGAGAUAAGGCAGGGAGGCAGAUGAUGAGAGAGGAGGCACGGCUUCUGUGUGUGUUGUUGUUGCAGUUGUUGUUGUUUCUGUUGUUCUUGGUAAUAUCCAAAUUGAAACGGCUGUAAACCACUUUCUCUCCACCUACCGAAAGCGAUAACAACAGCAUGGAAGCCGGUCGUUUCGAUACACGUCGUUGCGAUACGAAGAUAAGCAGUGUAGCUGCACAAAAAUUUCGAUCAUUUAGAGUAUAGUUAGCGUGACAAGAAAAACGUUGGGCGUGAAUAUUCCUCAUUAAAAUGUCAACUACGCGAAAUUAUUUACACCUCGACUGAAUCGACUUAUAUCGAACAGGCUCUCUGUUUGGGGAAAGAUUUUUUCACUCUUUCCCCAAACAGGGAGCCUGUUCACAGGCUAAUAUUGAAACGACUUGUAACGAAACGACUUUGUAUCGAAACGACCAGUAAGCCAACAAAAUUAUUCGUCUUCCCUCACCGCUUUCUCGGUUCUUUCCUCUAAGUCUGGAUACUGGAGGGGAGAGUCGUUUCGUAAGCGAAAAGACUUAUAACGUGAGCGAAACAACUCACGACGUAGGCGAACAGGACGUAGGCGAAACGACUGUAAACCUACUCUGGUGGCUCCACGAGACUUGGCAUGAUUUAAAAUAAAUAUCCCAAGAUAACACUGGUAGUUAAAAGCGGCGAGAAAACGAGAAAAAUAAACUGUAACUUCUUAUUGGCGCGCAAGCGUCAGACAUUUGAGAUGAGCUUUGACAGAAAAAAAAGAGAGAG